AUGGCGGCGGUAAGCACCAAGACGAAAGUGUUAGAUCCUGGAGGAAAACAAAUAGAUAUGACAUGAGACUUAGUUGAGUUGUCAUUACCAACAAUGGUGGGGAUAGGAAUACCAACGCUGGCAGCCGCCAUCCUGCUUGCUACUCAGUCUUCAGGCGUGACAAUUCGCAAGACCACUUCGCGGGUUCUGCCAACCUCAACACCAUGCAUUGCCACUCAGACGUUUCUUGAUGAAUUGCGGCAGAUGCUUAAGACGGAACAGAAUACGUCGAAUUUUGGAAAGGGUCAUGGUGGUGCUAUCUACACGCGAUGGGGAAAAACAGAAUGUCCCUCUAAAACGGAACUUGUGUAUAAAGGAAUUGCUGGAGGAACUCACUACACACAUAAGGCUGGCCCUGCUAAUAUCCUGUGUCUGCCUGAGAACCCUGAAUAUGGAAACUACACCCCUGGAUUUCAGGCUGAUGGUGCCAUCUAUGGUACAGAAUAUGAUACCAAUGAACAUUCCAUCAUUUUCAAAAACCUGCAUAACCAUGACGUUCCCUGUGCCGUGUGUAGAAGUAGAACCAAGACAAGCGUCAUCAUGGUGCCUGCCAAGAUGUCCUGCUUCCCUGGAUGGCGUGUCGAGUACACGGGGUACCUGAUGGGUGGCCAUUUCAAUUAUGCUGCUAGUGAGUAUCUGUGUGUUGAUGGAAAUGCAGAGAAGGAUCGCAGUGGCCAUGAAAACAAGAACGGGCAACGCUUGUAUCUUGUUGACGGUGUUUGUGGUUCCUUGCCAUGUCCGCCGUACAAGAAUCACUGGGAGUUAACAUGCGCUGUUUGCUCCAAGUAGGCAACAGAUUUGAUACUUUGCUGACAUAUGUGAAUAUAGCAUAUCGACAUAUAUGUGAUAUAUAUGGGAAUUUUGUUAGCAAUAAAACAAUUGCAGACUGUU